UCGUGUGUGGUUAAAUAAAAAUAAGGAAAAUACUCAAGUGGAAAGUUUUAGAAAUUAUUGAUUUGAGUGUAUAAAUUUUGGACAAAUAUAAGAGUGGAUUUAUACAAAAAUUUUCUUGGGUGAAAAAUGGAAGCAUAAAAUUGAAAGCAAUUAAAGAAUAAAUGAACAAUUUCGAAUUAGUUUAAGACAGCGUACUUCCGCGCUUCCAGCACCACAAGCAUAACUACAGUUGUUAGGAUUCAAAAGAGAAUCCACACAUAAAGAUGGCAACGCCACCAAGAACUCAAGAUCGUCAUCCGCGAAAAGAUAUGGAGGUCGCUAUUACCACCUCUGGUGAUGCACAACGAAAAUUGGCACGAAAUGACAUUGGAACCGGGUUAUCAAGUAUCAAAAUUGAUAUAACCGACAAUAGUUUUUUUCAAACUCCAACUUCGCUGCCUGAGGAGAAAACGCUUCAUAUGAGCACACACUCCAGUUUAAAGCAGUAUCAUCCCAACCACGACAAUAUACUAACAGAUAACACUUUACACAAUAACAUCCAACAUAAGCAUCUGCACAUCCAGCCGAAUCUACAAGUGUCCAACCAUUUGGAUAAAAUGUCAAUACGAUCGGUCAGUUCGGAGGAUGUUUCGACCACGGUGGAAGGCAAAUGUUGUAGUGCUGCUGCUCGUAAUCCGGCAAUCAAAACGGGACGACGCAUACAACUGUUGCAAAUGAUAAUUUUGCCAUUCAUUCCAAUACUUGCGCUGAUUGUUCAAACAUCAGUUAUUCUACGAGAAAUUCUUGACUACAGAGCAGAAGUGGCUGACAUUGAGACGCAGGUAACAAUAGCUACAAACUUGGGAAAAGUUGUGACUCGUCUGCAGCUGGAGCGUUCAGAAGUGUCCUUUUAUAUCUUCACCAAUGGCAAUAUAGAACGAUCAAAUUUAACACGGAGAUUCGCUAUAACCGACAACGCUUUGAAUAAUCUGACAACAUGGAAUGAAGUUAGUGUACCCACAUUGCCAGAUGAAGAUGAAGAUUUUGAGGUUAUGCUUAAUCGGACGGAAUUUCAAAAUCGUUUAAAUGAAUUCAGAGAUCGUGUGCGCUCAGAACCCGAAGAUAGCUCAAUAACGGAUGUUAUGAAUUGGUACACGGCAAUAAAUCGCGCUCUACUGCACCACCUCACUGAACAAAUAAAGGAAACGGAUAACAGUGGCGUUUGGCGCUACCUGAUUGGUUUCAAAAAUCUCUUAAAAAGUAUUGAGUGUCAGAACAUUGCUGCUUCUUUUGGCACUAAAUACUAUGGACGCGGUUACUUGGGCUUGGAUGCGUUGGUUUCCUUCAUUCGCUACGAGUUUUUGUCACGUGAACUUAUCAACUCAACGCUAAAUUAUGUGCCCAGUUUGAGACCAAUGUAUAUGAACAUAACCAGGACCGACAAAUACAAGAGGCUGAAAGCGAUGAACAUAAAUGUUUUUAAAAACAAACAAGGUGUUUCAGACGAACGGAAUGCUAUACAAUAUUACGAUACUAUGCACAAUUUUACGGAUGAUUUACGAAUAUUACAGAAGGCGCUACGGAUCAAAAUCAAAGAAUAUGUCGAUACAACACUCUCGGAGGCUGCUAAUAAAGAGGCGGUGGGCAUAGCUAUCUUGGUCGUCGUUCUAUGUGUUUCGCCAAUUAUUAUAAUCUUAGUCAAGAAUGCUGCGGCAACUAUACAGAUGUAUGCUGUCAAUCUCGCACAGAAAGCCAAGGAAUUGAAAAGGGAGAAGCGUAAAAGUGAUUCUCUACUGUUUCAAAUGCUCCCACCCAGUGUUGCCAUGCAGCUAAAACAAACACAACAGGUACCCGCUGAAAUGUAUGAAGCCGUAACCGUUUACUUCAGCGAUAUCGUCGGUUUCACAGAGAUAGCUGCAAGAUGUACACCUUUGGAGGUCGUCACCUUUCUGAACUCAAUUUAUCGUGUUUUUGAUGAGCGCAUUGAAUGUUAUGACGUUUACAAAGUGGAGACCAUAGGCGACUCCUAUAUGGUGGCAUCAGGACUGCCAGUCAAAAAUGGCGAAAAGCAUGUUUCGGAAAUUGCCACAAUGGCGCUUGAUUUACUAGACGCAUCGUCUUUUUUCAAAAUUCCGCGGUCAACGGGGACGUUGCAAAUUCGCUGUGGCAUCCACACUGGUCCGGUGGUCGCUGGUAUUGUCGGCACGAAAAUGCCGCGCUACUGUCUAUUUGGUGACACGGUCAACACAGCAUCACGCAUGGAGUCUACCGGAGAGGCCCACAAAAUUCACAUCACGGAUGAAAUGAACGAGGCACUGCACAGGAUUGGUGGCUUUCGCACAGAGCACCGCGGACUCAUUGAUGUAAAGGGCAAAGGUCUCAUGAGCACUUACUGGCUGACUUGCAAAGAUGGUCCGGUGAAGGCUCGUUGUGAAGAGAUUUCCUGGUUCACUGACAUGCAACCAGUGUUUCUGGAAAAACUGAAGUCAGAACCUCUGCUAAAAAGCGACAGCAAGCGAAAAUAAUGUCACGUGGUGUAGUUUUAUUUUACAUACAUACAUACAUAAGUAUGUAUUUUUGAAUGUACAAGAGCAUACUUUUAAUCUCCAUAAAUAAAAUAGACAUAUUUUGUUCGAUAAGAACUUUGUAAU